CUUCAAUUCCUCUGAUUUUCCAGCCAUCUGCUUCUCCCUUUCCUCCUCUCAUCUUCGCUCCUUCCCCCCUCGAUCACCAACUCCAUCCGCCUUUAUCUCUCCGCCCACCGCCCCGCCGGAUCUGAGCUCUCUCAUGGCCAAACCCACCAUGGAAAACCCUCUCCACACUCACCGGAAAAGAGUGAUCUCAGUGCUUCACAAGGGCAAGAAAUCGGCGACUCAGCUUCAAACCCUACUCCGCAACUUCUCACUUGGAUCCCAAGAAGAAUCCCGCCGCCUCUUCCCUGAGCUCACGGAACAAAUCAUGGGAUCUUUCUCCGAGGCUGUCUCCCAGCUUCUUCAGGCUGCUGAUUCCGCCGUCUCCGGCGAGAACCCGGCCAAGGCUCGCCGAGGAUGUUACAACAGAAGCAGAAAGUGUUCAGAUACAUGGAUCAAUGUCUCUAACACCAAGGAAGAUGGGGGUGCAUGGAGGAAAUAUGGCCAGAAACAGAUCCUCAAUUCAAAAUAUCCUAGGUGUUACUUUAGGUGUACCCACAAGCAUAGCCAAGGAUGCAAAGCAACAAAACAGGUUCAAAGGAUAUCUGAGGAUGAAUACAAGACCAUGUACUUUGGUCAUCACACUUGCAAAGAUUCUUUUAGGGCUCCGGUUCUCGCGAUCGAAUCUAUCUCGAAUGAUCCUUUUCCUAUGACGACUGCGGAUUCUACUUACUCGCCGAGCUUUGAAUGUAUCACGCAAGAAGGCAGUGGCGGCGGUGAUCAUAGCUAUAACGACGGGAUUGUGAAUCAAGAAGAUCAUCAAGAAUUUAAGGAUGAAUAUUGUAUGACUUCGGAUAAUUUUGAUGAGGAUGAGAGCUGCUUUGCCAAUUUGGACAACCUUUUUCAAUCAGAGGAAAUGCGAAGACUCUUGGAUUAUUAGGAAAUUAAAAUAGUUACUUUAGUUUCCAUUAAUAUGCAUGCAUAUGUAUGUAGAGUAUGUACUAGGUUGCCUUGCAUAAAUCUACCACUUCAUCUAUGGCUUUUCUAUUGUGUCUUCGUCAAUGCCAUAAGACACAAUCAUGCUCAUGUUGGAGUGAUUUAAUAAUAAUAAAAUAUGUAAUUAUUCUCCGCUC